AUGCUGGGCGAGCAUUGCCGCGUUCCGCCCAUGCUCUCCGCCUACGACUCCGACGCGCUCGACCUCUCGCAAUGCUCCGCACAAGGGGGAGAAAAAUCCGCCGUUUCCUUUUCCGCGAAUCGCCUUGCCCUGUCCGCGCUACAAGCGGGCUCGAAAACGGCCAACGGCGGCAGGCUGUGCGAGCACCUGGAGGAGAAGAAGCGCUUAGCAGCUCGGCAGCAGGCGCGGCUAUGGCCGUGGUCGUCCGGCGGGCGUGAGAACGAUCGAGGAAAACGUUCUGCAAGUGCUGGUGUUGCUUCUUCCGCCGGAACGGCGGCGUUGGCGGGAGGGCCGUCUUUCGCCUACGUGACGUUGAUCACGGGGAAGAAUCUCGUCGCAUCCGCGAUCGUUUUCGCGCAGGCGUUGCGUGCGACUCGCACGCCGCACCACAUCGUGCUGAUGAUUGCCGACGGAGGAGAAAUGUCUACAGUGCCUCCUCAGCUACACGACUUUUUCGAUGCGGUUAUACGAGUGGAGUGGAUCCCGAACCCGUUCAAGGCGAUAUUUUUCACGAAGUUUCACGUUUGGCGAAUGGUGGAGUUCGCGAAAGUCGUGUACUUGGACGUGGAUACCCUGCCGCUCGCGAAUGUGGACCACUUGUUCGAGCGGCCCGAGAUCACCGGAGCGCCUGGGUUCUUCUUGGUCAACCAAUUCAACGCGGGUAUCAUGGUCGUCAAGCCGUCGCUGGACGAAAGUGGUAAUCCUGCAGAGGAUCUUCUCCUCACCAGUCCUUUACAUGAUCCGCCGACUCGGCCGUUUUCCUCCUCAUUAACAAUGCUCGUGUUCCUCCUUACCCUUCCCUCUCUCCACCCGCCUCCCUUUCCCUCUCUUUCUCCCUUCCCUUCCCUCCUCCUCUCCUCCCCUCUCGCCCCUCUCUUCCCCCAGGCCACAUACGACGCGCUCCUGCGCAGCAUCGACGUGAUCGGCUCCGUGGAUCGCGGCGACCAGGGCUUCUUAAACGCCUACUUCACGAACUACCCCAACCAGACCACGUCGCACCGCCUCGACUACCGUUAUAACGCCAUGCUGACGUACCCCGACCAGUACCCCCCUCCCCCCUGGUACGACCCGGAAAACGCACACGAGAUUCUUGGACCCGUCAUGAUUCUCCACUAUGGCGGCCCGUGGGGGAAGCCGGCAGGGUUCGGGAAGAUUAAACCCGUGUCGGGGCCGAAUGCGUGCACGCACCGCUGUUGGGAGAAGGGGCGGCAGCCGGUUACCAGGUGGUUGGCGAUGUGGUUCGAGUUGUCACAGGCGCUGUUCGCGAAUUGCUGGCGCCCGCUGGAAAGGGGGAAAGUGGAGGCGUUGCUGGUUAACGGGUUGCCCAAUAAGGAGGACUACGACUGGGUGCGCGUGGCGGGGCGCUCGAGGGGGCUGCUGGGGGAGGAGGCGCAGAUGCGGAACGCGCAGGGGGGACGGGUUGGGGGGGAGGUGGAGAGGGAAGAGAGGGGAGGGGAAGUGGGAGCGGUGGGUGAUUUGGCAGAGGGAGGGUGGGAGAAGGGGGUGGGGGAGGAGGAGGGGCAGCAGAGGGAGAGAAAGGGGGGGGAGGAGGGGGAGAAGGGGGAGAAGGUGCAAGCAGUUGUGGAGGUUCAGCGAGCGUCUAUGUGGAGGCGACCGACCCUGGCAGCGGGGAUUGAUGUGGGGGUGGAGGAUGAUGAAGAGAUGACUGCUGCUGCUGCCACCGCUGAUGAUGCUGCUGUGGUUGCUGCGAGGAGGGCGAGGGAGAUGGUGUUUGCGACAGUGAGGUUGCAUCAGUACUACCCGCACCCUCGGAUCGUGAACUUUGACGGGCUGUCCCCAUUGGAUACAGAGGAUUUGGACGGCUGGAAAGACUUCGACAAACGGAGGGGGAACAUGGGGCAGGAGUGGCUGGAUCUGCGUAAUGCUGCUCUUACUCAGCUGGAGAAAUCACUUUAA